AGUGACUUCUGCUCCAAGGUGAAGAACACAAUCUACUGCAAUGUUGAGCCAUCUGACUCCAACAUGCUAUGGGAACCAGAGUUCAUGAUUGAUACUAUUGAAAAUCCAUCUGCGCAUAAUUUUACAUACACCAACCUGGGCAAAAGCCUCAAUGAAAACCCAGCCAACCGCUACAGUUUUGUCUGUAAUGCACUUAUGCAUGUGUGUGUGGGACACCAUGACCCAGACAGGGUGAACGACAUUGCUAUCCUGUGUGCUGAGCUAACUGGCUACUGCAAGUCUCUAAGUGCCGAGUGGCUGGGUGUGCUCAAAGCCUUGUGCUGUUCCUCCAAUAAUGGGACCUGUGGCUUCAAUGAUCUCCUCUGCAAUGUUGAUGUCAGUGACUUAUCUUUCCAUGAUUCCUUGGCUACCUUUGUUGCCAUUCUCAUUGCCCGGCAGUGCUUGCUGCUGGAGGACCUGAUUCGCUGUGCUGCUAUCCCCUCACUCCUCAAUGCUGCCUGCAGUGAACAGGACUCGGAACCAGGAGCGCGUCUGACCUGCCGGAUUUUACUCCAUCUGUUUAAGACUCCACAACUGAACCCAUGCCAGCAAGAUGGCA